AUGGUGCAGAAGACCAAGGGAAAGCGGGCCCCCAAGAAGACCAACCCCCUGUUCGAGAGCAGGCCAAGGAACCUGGGCCCCGGCGGGGACGUGCGCCCGAAGAGGGACCUGACUCGCUACGUGAGGUGGCCGAAGUACAUCACCAUCCAGCGGCAGAAGCGGGUGCUGAUGAGCCGGCUGAAGGUGCCGGGGCCGAUCAACCAGUUCCGGAGCCACCUGGAGGCGGCCCAGCACAACUUCCUGUUCAAGCUGCUCAACAAGUACAAGACCGAGUCCAAGGCGGACCGCAUCACCCGGGCUGCUGAGAAGAAGGCCAAGCCCGAGCAGCAGCUCGAGUUCGGGCUCAACCGGGUCACCUACCUGGUCGAGUCCGGGAAGGCCAAGCUUGUCGCCAUCGCCGGGGACGUGGACCCCGUCGAGCUGGUGCUCUGGCUGCCCCAGCUCUGCGCCAAGAUGGGCGUGGCCUACUGCAUCGUGCGCUCGAAGGCCGAGCUGGGAAAGCUGGUGCACCGCAAGACCGCCUCCUGCGUGGCUCUGACAGGCGUGCGCAAGGAGGACCAGGCGGACCUGGACACCGUGGCGAACGCCUACAAGACCAAGUACAACAGCGACGCGGCCCUCCGCAAGCGCGAGUCGGACGGCAAGCUGGGCAUCAAGUCUCAGCACAAGCUCGAGCGGGUCGAGAAGGUCCAGGAGCAGAAGGAGAUCCAGAAGGCCAAAUGA